UGUAGCUUCCUGCUUUUGUGCUUUCACCCACCCACGGACGAAAGAGCAUACGAUCAAUACAACACCAUAGCGCAGUGGAGAUUCCGCGCAAAAGUGAAAGGGAAACCCAGUAGCAAUUCGUGCUAGCUGCCGAUGUAAACGAGGUCGAGUUCUGACAUCGUGUUUGACGCGAUACAGCACCCAUAAAACUGUAUUUUAUACAUCAUUUUACACAGAUUCACGGGGAAUGAAAUCGACUGGUAUGGCAACUACUCGUGGUACCCAGAAGAAAGUUCAGCAGCAGCUGCAGCAGAAAGAUAUGGAAUAUCAAGAGAAGUUGAAACUACUGAACGAAGAAUUAAUGUCCUUUUAUCAGUACUGUCAGCAAGCAGGUUUCUCAGAAGCAGAAAUGGAUACAAUUGUUGCUCCUUUGGUGGCAACUUUGAGGAAACGACUAAUAAAGAAAUUGGCCAAAGUUUUCGGUGCAUUGUUCACGAUUGUUGCACUAUUUUACUGUGCUGCACAGUUAGGUUCAGUCUCCAUGCAUUUAGCUGCGCUGGGGCGCCUCUUCAUGAUUAAGAUGUUACCAUUCUGGGACUGGACAUCCAUGUUUUAUGAGUACUGCCUGGUGUCUAAUCCAUUCUUUGGGGAGUACACACUUACUGAGGAGGACUGUGUUUCAUGUGAAGCUUUGGAACACGUGGACAGACUUGGAGGUGUGGCAUAUGAACAACUUCUUGAUGGAUAUUUGAACCGAGAUGCCCCACUCAUUGUGGUGGAUGCCAUGGAGUCAUGGCCAGUUAUGAACACAGACGACUUCUGGUUUGACAACAUUACCCAAUUAUAUCUACAGGAUGAGAAACUGAUGGACACUGUGCCAUGUAUUCUUACGACCAACCUACGAACUGGAUCUUCUGAUCUACAUGCAUUCCUUAAGCGCAUUCAUAGCCCAAAAGUUGAUAAGUGGUUUGUCCAUUGGCAGAACUGUGAUAUCCAUGCUGUGAAAGCCCUGAGGAAGUUUUAUCAACGACCAUAUUUUCUGUCUAGUUCUGUAUCUCCAGCUCACUUCAACUGGGUUCUCAUGUCUUCUGACUACAAUACGAAAAUAUAUAAGAAAGUAGAACUGGAUUCAGGACUUAUAAUGUUGGCACAGUUGAGAGGUUCAACGGCGUUCCGUCUCACACCACAUAACCCCUGUAAUACAUCCUGUCCCGAACUCCUGGGAGAUUUACAAGAGGGAGAAAUGUUGGUAUUCACGAACUUCAUGUGGACAUUCGAAUAUUUCCCAGGACGUAACCUGGAUAAUGUUGCCAUUCUCACUGAGACAGUUUGGGAAGAAGGAACUACAUAGAACACCUUCAACUGGACUAUUUAUACAUAAUUAUUAUAAUUAAAGUUACUGUGUAGUAUAAUAUAUUCAGUACCACGGUGUGAGACAUUUGUAGUCAUACUAAAUGUAUAGAAAAGUGAAUCUGAGAGAUGAAUUGUCUGUCACACUAAUUCCUAUGUCG